AUGGCUUUGAAUAUAUCAUCAGUAUUUAGCAAUUUGUUUGCAGGGUUUUCAAGCGAUUUUAAGAAGAAGAACUUCUCCCUAUAUGGGCAGUGGAUCGGGUUACUUACGAUAUUUUUAUGUAUAGCAUUGGGAAUUGCUAACAUUUUCCAUGCUUCGGUGGUGAUUGUGUUUUCAAUCAUAUGUAUUGUGCAAGGGUUGGUGGUUGUGUUUGUCGAAAUUCCAUUCUUGUUGAAGAUUUGCCCCUUGACGGACAAAUUUACCACCUUUAUCAGAAACUUCGACGAGAAUUGGCCUAGAUGUGGGUUCUACAUAUUGAUGGGAGCCAUACAGUGGCUUUCGUUGACGGUCCAGGUCACUAGUUUAAUUGUGGUUGCUGUGUUCUUUACGUUGGCCGGUAUCUGUUAUGCAUUGGCUGCAUUUAUGCACCAGGAGUACUUAAAGACGUCGUUCAAUGUUGCUGGAGAACCGGACUCGCUUGAGGGUCAGGUUGGAGACCAUAUUGUCAGAAAUGUGUUGUAA